AUAAUAGUUCAACUUUAUGAAAGCGUUGAUCCACACUUCCAAAAAUCAGCACAAGAGUACAUACAAAAUCUUCAAAAGCAGCAGUAUGCUUGGGAUUUGGCUCCUCAACUAUUAGCCUCCCAGCUUCUUGGAUGGAUUGUCCGUCUUUCUGGUGGUUCUAAUGUUGUUGUUACAAAGCUUUGUCUGGCUCUCACUGCUUAUGCAAUACAAGCUGUACCAGAUAUUUGGUCAAAUUUUAUACCUGACUUUUUCGAAAUGUUACAUUCUGGAGUAAUUGCUGCUCAAAGUCAGGGCCAGUCCUUAUUCUUUGAGUUACCGCUCCUAGAAUUUCUUACUGUUGUUCCUGAGGAAGUUUUACGGGCAGAUUUAAUUGGGGAGCGAAAGUAA